CAAGUCAUGCAACAAACUUUUGGCCUAUAUCUAACAAUACCAAGAAAGAAUUUUUCAAACUCUUUCAUGCAGGACAUUCUUCCUCUAGUGCAUAUCAUACAUAUUUGGCUAAAAUUCAAUUAAAAUAUGAUAAUGAUGAGGAUAUUUUGGCUGAUAGAGCAAUAUGCCUACAUAAACAUGAUAUUUACUAUCUUCACCAAAAAUUUUUGGAUCAAAUUGUUGGUAUACGAAAUGGAAAAGAAAUGUUUUUAUGUAAGUCUAAAGAAAUUGUAGAGUUUAAUAAUAGUCAUAAAGAAACUGGUCUUAAUAUUUCUAAUAUACUGUUAACACUUAUAUCUACAAGUACACCUAUUGGUGGCUUACCUCUUAUCACAAUACUAAUUUCAGAUGAAACAGUAUCUACUUUUACAAAAACUUUUGAAGCAAUAAAACAUAUACUGCUAUUAGAUGCAUUUGGUGGAUAUG